AUGAGUGAUUUGGGAACUGCAGUUGCUGUGAAUAACGGCGACAAUGGGAUGUUCUUUGGUUGCGAAUCGCUGAACAGAAUUUCGUUUUUGAGAUCUGAUAUUGAAUUUAUAAGAGCUACAAUGAACCACAGCUCUACAGUUUUCGUAGUUUUUGUUAAUGGUGAAGCUGUGCUCGAUAAGGACAAGAAUUCGAUACUUCUGACGCAUUUGAAGGAUGACACCAAGUUGGACGAUGCCAUUCGUAAACUCGUUCCAUUAAUGAACACUGCUGGCAUCAGAAUGCUAGAGUCUGGAGUGAAUAUUACGUUCUUGGGCCUUAUGGAACCUGAUAAAAGAUCUGCAGAUGUCGUAAGUGACAAUUUGUUCAUCCAUAAAGACAUAUAUAGAGGUGUUCCUUAUUAUGGGAUUGAUAUAAGACCGAAUUCGGGUACUCUGAUUAAACCAGAGGAUGUUGAGCAUCUGUUGAAAAUGGAAACAGUCAAGCGAAUGUCCGUGUUUGAAAUGAACAAUGCCAUAGCGUCAUUGUAUUCACAUGCUAAGAUGUAUUUAAAUUGGCUUGGCAAAUUUAAGUAUUGUCCCGAUUGCGGGAGUGCGCUUUACCCGGUAGAUGGAGGUACCAAGUUAAAAUGCAGUAAUCCAGAUUUAACCCAGUACUGUGAAGUACGUGACUUACCAGUUAACAAUGUGUGCUUCCCACGUACCGAUCCAGUAGUUAUUAUUGCGAUAACGACUAGAGAUUUUAGCAAGAUCUGUUUAGCACGUAAUAAGAGAAGAAUUGGUAGUAAUGUUAUGUACAGUACCAUUGCAGGAUUUAUGGAGCCUGCGGAAACAAUAGAAAAAGCUUGUUCUAGAGAGAUCUGGGAGGAAACAGGUGUUAAAUGUAGCGAAGUUUCACUAGUCUGCAGUCAACCGUGGCCGUAUCCUGUAAACCUCAUGAUCGGAUGCUAUGGUAUAGUCGAUUUCAAUGGAGACAAUGAAAUUAUCAAUCUGAACCAUGAUGAUGAAAUCAUGGAUGCAAGAUGGUUUGAUACCAAAGAUAUCUCAGAGGCAAUCGAUAAUUACAGUGGCAAGGGCUUUGUGGACUUUUCGAUGGAUAAAAUAACAUUUCCUGGAUCAACAGCUAUCGCUCACCAUCUCAUUAAGUUGAUUUGUGACAAAUUUAAGAGAUCUCAAGGAUCUUUGUAA